AACAAGUAACAAUGUAACUUACAUGCACUCACACACCCCUUUUUUCCUUGUAACAAUGUGUACGUUUUUAACGAGGGAGGGGGGCGCGCACAGGGAGAGAGACGGAGAGAGAGAGACAGAGAAAAAGGGAGGGGGUGCGUUCUGAAAUAAUAUAGUCAGCCAUUUUUUAUGUAAGGGGAUUUUUUUCUUAUUGGGGGGGUUGUUAAAAAAUAAAUAUAAGAGGGCGGCCAUCUUUGUUGCUCUGCCUUAGUGUAAAAUAUUCCAAAACGCCCCCCUACUUUUCUCCCGUGCCGAUUUGAAUAUUAAAUAUAUAACACUCCAUCCGCUGCAAGAAUUACAGCUUCGUUGUUUUGUGUUUUAUUUUUUUUUAAACACUGAACACAAGGACGGAGCCGCCAAUGACAGCAGGAAUAUAAUAAUGUCCUCUCCUCUCCGCUCCUGCGAGGAAGACGAGGGCAUGGUGGUUAAUUUCGAGGGAGGAGAUUUUGAUGAAGAAGACGACGAGGACGACGGAGAGCUGGACGAGAACGCAAGCGACAUAAACUCGCCGGCGGCGCCUCGGGAAACUGCAACACCACCAGCCGCGCCAGACGAAGACCCGGAGAUAUCGGACCGAGAGGUCCCGUGCAAGAAGAAAGGCCGACCCAAGAAGAAGAAGGACACAAAGAAGAAAGAGAAAGAGGGGAAACCUGCCAAAACAAAGAAACGCAAGAAGAUUGACAGCGAUGUAGAGAGAAUCUCAGACAGAGAAAGAGACUAUGGUGAGAACUCAGACAGCAUCGCCAGCGAUUAUGGCUCUGGCGAGAAAAAGAAAAAGAAGAAACACAAAGAAAGGAAGGAGAAGAAAACCAAGAAAAAGAAAAAAGAUGACGGGGACCGAGACAGUAGCCAGGAGGAAACAACGAAACAGCCGAUAGAGCAGAAAACGUCUGCCCAGCUGGCAAAGGAGUGGGGCCUGGAGGAUGUUGAUCAUACCUUCACAGAAGACGACUACAGGGAACUCACAAAUUACAAAGCCUUCAGCCAGUUUAUGAGGCCGAUGAUAGCCAAGAAGAACCCGAAGAUCCCCAUGUCGAAGAUGAUGACCAUCCUGGGGGCCAAGUGGAGGGAGUUCAGCUCCAACAACCCCUUCAAGGGCAACGCCGCUGCUGUCGCGGCGGCCGCUGCUGCUGCCGCCAUCGCUGUCGCCGAGCAGGUCUCUGCAGCGACCACCUCGCCCGAGCCGCUGCCUCAGCCGCCGCCCAUUAGAAAGGCCAAGACGAAAGAGGGCAAAGGUCCAGGAUAUAAAAAGCGCAGUAAAAGUCCUAGAGUGCCUGACAAGAAGAAAGCCCUAUCUAAGGCUAAAAAGAUGGCUCCCAUCCGUAUUAAGCUAUUACCAAUAGCUGGGAAGAGGAAGAAGAGCUGCUCUAGCGACGACAUGGAUGAGGAAGAGUCCGAGCAGGAGGACUCCAGUGUUCACAGCUCCUCCGUUCGCUCCGACAGCUCCGGCCGGGUGAAAAAGAACAAGCGGGGACGGCCUGCCAAGAAGAAGAAGAAAGGCAAGAUUCCAGGCGAGGAAGAAGGCGACGGCUAUGAGACGGAUCACCAGGACUACUGUGAGGUGUGCCAGCAGGGCGGAGAGAUCAUCCUGUGCGACACCUGUCCUCGAGCCUACCACCUCGUGUGCCUCGAGCCUGAGCUGGACAAGGCCCCCGAGGGCAAGUGGAGCUGCCCGCAUUGUGAAAAAGAGGGAAUUCAAUGGGAGGCGAAAGACGAAGACUUUGAGGAUUUCGAAGAGGACAGCGAGGACAGGGUGAUAUCCGAGGUCAGCAUCGGGGUUCCCGCCGGCGCGGAGGAGGAGGAGGACGACCACAUGGAGUUCUGUCGGGUGUGCAAGGACGGCGGCGAGCUGUUGUGCUGCGACACGUGCACGUCCUCCUACCACAUUCACUGUCUGAACCCCCCGCUGCCCGAGAUCCCCAACGGGGAGUGGCUCUGUCCGCGGUGCACGUGCCCGCCAAUCAAAGGGAGGGUCCAGAAGAUCCUCCACUGGAGGUGGGGCGAGCCUCCUCCUCCCAUUCCCGUCCCGCUGCCCCCGGACGCUCCUCCUGACGCCCCGAUGCCGCCGCCCAUGAAGGGCAGAGCUGAGAGGGAGUUUUUUGUCAAGCUAACCAGCCAGUCGUACUGGCACUGCACCUGGAUCACCGAGCUGCAGCUGGAGAUCUUCCACUCGGUGAUGUACAGAAACUACCAGAGGAAGACCGACAUGGACGAGCCCCCCAGCCUGGACUACGGAUCGGGCGCAGAGGACGAGAACGGAGUGGGCAAGAGCGAGAAGAGGCGGGCCAAGGAUCCCCACUACGCCCUGCUGGAAGACAAAUACUACAAGUACGGCAUCAAGCCCGAGUGGAUGAUGAUUCACCGCAUCAUAAACCACAGCGUGGAUAAAAAGGGGAUGUACCACUACCUGGUAAAGUGGAAAGAUCUGACCUAUGACCAGUGCACUUGGGAGAGAGAUGACAUGGAUAUACCCGACUUUGAACUCCACAAGGCCAACUACUGGAGGCACAGGGACAACAUCUUGAAGGAAGACCCCGAUAAACCCAGGAAGAUGACGAGCAAGGAGGGAGACGGUGAAGAGGAGGAGUCUCUUUCCUCCCCACUCACAGAUCCGACGAUCAAGUACGAGGAGCAGCCCGACUUUGUCACGGCGACCGGCGGCACCCUGCACCUCUACCAGCUGGAGGGCCUCAACUGGCUGCGCUUCUCCUGGGCUCAGGGCACCGACACCAUCCUGGCCGAUGAAAUGGGUCUGGGCAAAACCAUCCAGACAAUCGUCUUUCUCUACUCACUGUUCAAGGAGGGCCACCCACAGGGUCUUUUCCUGGUCAGUGCGCCCCUCUCCACUAUUAUAAACUGGGAGAGGGAGUUCGAGAUGUGGGCGCCCGAUUUUUACGUGGUGACGUACACGGGAGACAAAGACAGCCGAGCCAUCAUCAGAGAGAACGAGUUCACGUUCGACGACUCCAUCAAAGCCGGAAAGAAGGCCUUCAAACUCAGGCGCGAGGCUCCCAUUAAAUUUCACGUCCUUCUGACCUCCUAUGAGUUGGUGACCAUCGAUCAGACGGCGCUCAAGUCCAUCGACUGGGCGUGUCUGGUGGUGGACGAGGCUCACCGCCUCAAAAACAACCAGUCCAAGUUCUUCAGGCGUUUAAAUGACUACAAAAUCGACUACAAGCUGCUGCUGACUGGAACUCCUCUGCAGAACAACCUCGAAGAGUUGUUUCACCUGCUCAACUUCCUCACCCCGAAUCGCUUUAACAACCUGGAGGGCUUCCUGGAAGAGUUUGCCGACAUCUCCAAAGAGGACCAGAUCAAGAAGCUCCACGACCUGCUGGGGCCUCACAUGCUGCGGAGGCUCAAGGCCGACGUGUUUAAGAACAUGCCGGCUAAGACCGAGCUGAUUGUCAGAGUGGAGCUGAGCCCCAUGCAGAAGAAGUACUACAAGCUGAUUCUGACCAAGAACUUCGAGGCUCUGAACUCGAAAGGCGGAGGAAACCAGGUGUCUCUGCUCAACAUCAUGAUGGACCUGAAGAAGUGCUGCAACCACCCGUACCUCUUCCCUGUCGCCUCCAUGGAAGCCCAGAAAACACCCAGCGGGGCGUACGAAGGCUCGGCCCUCACCAAGGCCUCUGGGAAACUGACGCUGCUGCAGAAGAUGCUGAGGAAGCUGAAAGAUCAGGGGCAUCGAGUUCUGGUCUUCUCACAGAUGACUAAAAUGCUGGAUUUAUUAGAAGAUUUUCUGGACUAUGAGGGUUACAAGUACGAGAGGAUUGAUGGAGGCAUCACAGGCGCACUGAGACAAGAGGCCAUCGACAGAUUCAACGCUCCCGGGGCGUGUCAGUUUUGCUUCUUGCUCUCCACCAGAGCCGGAGGUCUGGGCAUAAACCUGGCUACGGCCGACACGGUCAUCAUCUUCGACUCCGACUGGAACCCCCACAACGACAUUCAGGCGUUCAGCAGAGCUCAUCGCAUCGGGCAAGCCAACAAGGUGAUGAUCUACCGCUUCGUGACGCGAGCCAGCGUGGAGGAGCGCAUCACCCAGGUAGCCAAAAGGAAGAUGAUGCUGACCCACCUGGUGGUGCGGCCAGGUCUGGGAUCCAAGGCCGGCUCCAUGACGAAGCAGGAGCUGGAUGACAUCCUCAAGUUUGGGACGGAGGAGCUCUUCAAGGAUGAAGGAGAAGGUAUGAAGAACAACUCUGGGGACAAAGUAGAGGACGAGGGCAGCGUCAUCCACUACGACAGCACCGCCAUCGAGAGGCUGCUGGACCGCAGCCAGGACGCCACAGACGACUCGGACGUCCAGAACAUGAACGAGUACCUGAGCUCCUUUAAGGUCGCCCAGUACAUGGUCCGAGAGGAGGACAAGAUUGAGGAGAUCGAGCGGGAGAUCAUCAAGCAGGAGGAGAACGUGGACCCGGACUACUGGGAGAAGCUGCUGCGGCAUCACUACGAGCAGCAGCAGGAGGACCUGGCCAGCAAGCUAGGUAAAGGGAAGAGGAACCGCAAGCCUGUGAACUACAACGACGCUGCGCAGGAAGACCAAGAGUGGCAUGCUGACAUUUCAGAUAACCAGUCCGAAUACUCCGUGGGCUCCGAGGAGGAGGACGAGGACUUCGACGAUCGGCCAGAAGGUCGGAGGCAGUCACGUCGACAGCUGAGGAAUGAGAAAGAUAAACCUCUGCCUCCUCUUCUGGCCAGAGUGGGAGGCAACCUAGAGGUUCUUGGUUUCAACACACGGCAGCGCAAAGCCUUCCUGAACGCGGUGAUGCGUUGGGGUAUGCCGUCUCAGGACGCGUUCUCGUCUCAGUGGCUCGUUAGGGACCUCAGGGGGAAAACCGAGAAGGAAUUCAAAGCUUACGUGUCUCUCUUCAUGCGCCACCUGUGCGAGCCGGUCGCCGACGGGGCCGAGACGUUCGCCGACGGCGUCCCGAGGGAGGGCUUGUGUCGGCAGCUCGUCCUGACGCGUAUCGGCGUCAUGUCUCUGGUCAAGAAGAAGAUCCAAGAGUUUGAGCACAUCAACGGACGGUGGAGUCUUCCGGAGCUCAAACCCGAGGUCAGCGUUGACAAAUCCUCCUCCCGGGCCUCCUCUCCCGCCGCAAAGACUGCGACUCCCACACCCGACGCGAGCUUCAACAACACGCCGUGCACCUCGAAGCCAGCGACUCCUGCUCCCUCGGAGAGGCUGGAGAAGAACGGGAAGGAGGGCGAAAAGGAGGAGGAGAAAGGGGAGGCUGAUGCCUCCGCGGAAAAGGAGAAAGUGAAGGAGAAGGAGCAACAGAAAGAGGUGGACGGCAGCAAGACCGGCGACGCCGAGGAGCUUUCGUCCUCAACAAAAGAAUCGUCGCAGAAGGCACCGCCGAGUCAAAAGACGGACGGCAAAGAAGAGAGUAACACCAAGGAGGACGACAGGAAGGAGCCGACCGAGUUUUCAGCAUCAGAGGAGAACAAACGACAAGAGGACAGCAAAGAGGAGAGUAAACAGAACACAGACGUUACGGAAAAGAAGUCAGAGGGAGAGCAGCCCGGGGAGGACAAGGAGAAAGAACAGAGGGACGAAAUGCAAACAUCUUCAGAGGCAGCAGAAGCCAGGGAAAAAGCCGAGGCGUCUGACCUGAAGAGAGCAGAAGAGGUCAAAGGUGAAAGGGAUGCCGGGAAAGAGAUCAAAGCAGCCAAGGAGGAGACGACAAAGGGUAACGGGAAGCCUCAGACCGAGCGGCCGCGCUUCAUGUUCAACAUCGCAGACGGCGGCUUCACAGAGCUGCACACUCUGUGGCAGAAUGAGGAGCGGGCUGCCAUCUCCUCGGGUAAGAUGAACGAGAUCUGGCACCGUCGACACGACUUCUGGCUGCUGGCGGGAAUCGUGGUACACGGCUACGCUCGCUGGCAGGACAUCCAGAACGAUCCACAGUUCGCAAUCGUCAACGAGCCGUUCAAGUCGCAGGCAAAUAAAGGAAACUUCUUGGAAAUGAAGAACAAGUUUUUGGCUCGGCGUUUUAAGCUGCUGGAGCAGGCGCUGGUGAUCGAGGAGCAGCUGCGGCGGGCGGCUUACCUCAACAUGACCCAGGACCCGAGCCACCCGGCCAUGGCGCUCAACGCUCGCUUCGCCGAGGUGGAGUGCCUGGCCGAGUCGCACCAGCACCUCAGCAAGGAGUCGCUGGCAGGGAACAAGCCAGCCAACGCCGUUCUGCACAAAGUGCUGAACCAGCUGGAGGAGCUGCUGAGCGACAUGAAGGCCGACGUGACCCGGCUGCCCGCCACGCUGUCCCGAGUCCCGCCCAUCGCCGCCCGCCUGCAGAUGUCGGAGCGGAGCAUCCUCAGCCGGCUCGCCAGCAAGGGCACCGAGACGCACACGCCCCCGCCCAUACCGCCGGGACCCUACGCCACCCCUCAGAACUACGGCGCGCCCUUCACCCCGGCCCCGCCGAGCGCCCUGCACAUGGGAGGAGCCAACUACAGCCAGAUGCCGCCGGGAUCCUUCAUAUCAGAAGCCGCCGCCGCUGCCGCUGCUGCUGCUGCUGCUGGGGCCACCGGGGGCGCCGCUGGUGGAGCCACAGGGGGGUCAACUGCCGCCGGGGUUUUCCAGAAGACCAAGGAGCACGACGUGAUGCAGCGGCAGCGAGUGGUGGACCUCUGGAAAGACGGCAAGUCAGAGGGAGCUAUCGGGCUGGAGCUGAGGAUGCCCAAGUCCACGGUUCACAGCAUCAUUGUCAAGUAUCGGCUUAGCAACACGGUGGAGAACCUGCCGCGUAACGGGCGACCAAAAAAGCCCUGACGGGAAGGCGAGGGAGAGGAUCCUGGAAUGUAGCAAAACUGAUGAAACUGAAAAAAAAAAACAAACUGGAUUUUUAAAACCAAGAACAAAUAAAGACGAAGCUCCAAAGAAGACCUGAUAACAAAGCACUUACGCACUGCUGGAAUGUGAGGUAUAUAAAGAUGGAAGAACAAUCUCAAAACGCAGAAAUUGAAGGUUUGAAACGCAAAAUAAAAACAGCAGUGGCAGCACUUUGCCCCACAAAAGAAAGCAGGCAAUCAACUGCUUAAAGAGUGGACCAAAAAUAAGCAGGGAGAAAUGAAGGGUGCUGCUGAAGGGGGGGAAAAAAAAAAAAAAAGCUUAAAAAAAAUCUGUCUGGAAUGAAAGCAGAAGGGCAAAAAAGGAGAGAAUGUUAAUGCAAUCAAAGGUUUUUUAGAAAAAUGCAGAAAAAAGUAUUUUUUUUUUUUAGAUCUUCUCAUACAGAUUUCUUGAGACUUCUUUUUCUGUCUUUCCCUUUGAGCCAAAAGAUUUCCCUCUGGAUCCAUCCUUCAUCUGCAGGCUGACUGAACAAGCCGGUUCCCUCGAUCUGACCCUGUACUCCCUCAUUCCUCUACAGUCCUCUCGUCCUCCACACUCACACGCACACACACACACACACACACACACACACACACACAAAUACAAACACUUUGGAUGUCUCAAACAAC